AUGACUAAAGAGGAAGAAGUGUGGUACUCAAUAUGGGCGUCCAAUAAUCGUUAUGUGAAUUCCAUGCUCGACCGAGUCGGAGGCCCAAGCGUUAUGAAGGCCCUCUUAGUCGAUAAGGAAACUCUACCCAUUGUCAGCACUGUCAUGACCCAAACCGAAAUACUCAAUAAGGAAGUCUUCCUCGUAGAGCCACUAGAGGAGGCCAUAGCCUCUCCCAACGACGACGAGGUCGAGGGGUCGACUACGACCAGUAUGCGCCAUAUGAAGGCAUGUGUUUUCCUACGACCGACCAACCAGAACUUCCUAGCCCUUUCGAAGGUCCUUCGUCAGCCGGUUUAUAGUGAAUACCAUCUAUUCUUCUCCAAUGUGGUGCCUCAUGGUCGUCUGUCACAGCUUGCAGCUUGCGAUGAAUAUGAGUGCGUUGCCUCUGUUACAGAAGCAUACGCCGAUGUCAUCGCCCUCAACUCUGGUCUGUUCUCCUUGGGUUCACAAUCAGUAGCUCAACUUCAUCGUGAGCAGUCGAUGUGGACGGCUUUCGAGGAGAGCGUCUUCCAACGGCAAGUCGAUGGCCUCUUUGCCGCCUCAAUUUCCCUUGGUAGCGUCAAAAGAGUGACUGCUGCUAACUCCUCUGGCCUCACCCUGCCUGUUAUUCGGUAUUCAUCUGCAUCACCAUUGUCAAGGAAGGUCGCUCUGGCACUUCAAAAACGGCUCGAGCAAGAUGAGAGUCUUUUCGAAAGCGUUGCGGGUUCGGCGGCAACUCCUGUUAACAGUGGUGGGGGCAUGCUCAUCCUAGUAGCCGAUAGAAGGGACGACCCAGUGACGCCUCUACUCACACAAUGGACGUAUCAAGCUAUGGUCCACGAGCUACUAGGGUUGGAAAAUAACAGAGUCAUGCAUCCGUUGGCAGUUGCUGGGGAGGGAGCUACUGCCUCAGAAGGAGUGGAGGUUGUCCUUAGUACCAACACUGACAAGUUCUUCAGAGACAAUUAUCUGAGUAAUUUCGGUGACCUUGGAAUACACAUAAAGGAGUAUGUUGAGCUCUAUCAACAGCAGACGAAGAAUCAAGCUAAGGUUGACAAUGUUGAAGAUAUGCAAAGAUUCCUGGAUCAGUAUCCCGAGUAUCGUAAGCUUAGCGGUAACGUGUCGAAGCAUGUAGCGUUGGUCCAUGAGAUAUCAAGAAUGGUGGAGAAGUACAAUUUGCUUGAAUGUUCGGAGUUGGAGCAAAGCUUAGCCUGUGAUGAGCAUAUGAGUAUGCAUGACCAACUGAAGAGGGUUAGAGCUAUGGUCGAGAAUCCCCGCAAUUCCAAUCUGGAACGUCUCAAGAUAUGCAUCCUCUACGCCUUGAGGUUCGAGACGGACACGAGCGGCAUUCGAGAGCUCAAGGGUCUCCUGGAACAGAAGGGUGUCCCUCCCGAACAGGUUGGAUUGAUCUCUACUAUGCUAGACCACUUUGGUUCAGCGUCCCGACUACCUUACCCGUCUGCAUCAGGAGCUGCCGCGGCCUUGGCUCGUCGAUUGGGGUUCACUGGUGCCACCACUAACGUCUAUACUCAGCACAGAUCUCCCAUAUCGAUAACAGCUGAGCAAGCUUUGAAGGGUAGGGUUAAGGAGCAGGACUAUGUCGCUGUAGUUGGCAGUAAAGGACGACUGAAUGGAGUGGAAAAUAUGAGGCCGUCCUUACUACUAGUGUUCAUGGUUGGUGGUUGCACUUUCGAAGAGGCCCGAGACUUCCACACUCUCAACGAGCAACUGGUCACUGCUUCUACUACAGCUGGAGGUGGUACGCCUUCCCAGUCUAUGGGCAUGCAGCCUGCAAUUGUCUUGGGAGGCAGUACCAUUCAUAAUUCCAAAAGUUUCCUGGCUGACGUUGCUCAGUUGUCACGGCUACACGCUCCGUCUGGUAGUGGUCUCUUUGCGGGUAUCUCUUCUCCUCUCGCAGGGGCCGAGUGA